AUGGAUCUGCUCAACGCGUACGGGAGCGACGAUGACUCUGCGGGCCCCGCCGCGGAGCCGCGGGUGAUGGUCGAUGCCGCGCCCGCAGUCGACACUACGGGCAUGGUCGUGAACGACGGCCAGGCGCUCCGCCCCUCCGAGUACCGCGACCUCCACGACUCCCGCAAGAAGAUCACGCACGUUAACGUCCCGUACGCGGACAUGUACGCGCCGGAGGCGGGCCCGCAGGACCCGCGGCACGUGACCUCGGCCAUGACGCGGGCGCAAAAGAACCACCCACUCGGGCGCGUGGAGGACCACCACAUGCACGCCACGGCCUUCGACGAGCAGUACAACACCUACAGCGCGCGCGGGUACACGCUCGCCCCCGACGGCGCGCACUACGUCGGCGACGAGGAGGCCUUGCACCAACACGGCGGGACCAGCAUCGACGAGCCGGGGGCGAAGCGGCGGCGCGUGGCGCCCGAGGCCCGCGAGGCGAAGAAGGCGGAGCGCGAGCGGCUCGCGGCGGAGGCGCGCGCGCAGUUCGAGGCCGGCGUGCCCUUCGAGCUUGCGUACAGGCGCGCGCCGUGGGCGCGGGAGGGCCCGCUGAAGGAGCACGGGCCGUCGGAGGAGGAGCUGAAGGCGUGGCGGAAGCGCGAGGGGCUGCCGGAGCCCGAGGAGGAGGGCGGGGCCGCGGAGGAGGAGGACGCGGAGGGCGCGGGCGGUGGGGACGCGGGGGACGGCGCGAAGAAGAAGAAGAAGCACAGGGACGUGGUCACGGUGUCGGAGACGGGCGAGAAGGCGUUCUUCCACGGGAAGGAGCAGAAGGACUACCAGGGGCGGUCGUGGCUCGCCGCGCCGAGUGGGACGCGGGACGAGUCGCAGACGUGCUAUAUUCCGAAGCGCUGCAUCCACACGUGGUCGGGGCACUCGAAGGGCGUCAACCACAUCGAGUUCAUCCCGGGGGCCGGGCACCUGCUGCUGUCGGCGGGGCUGGACAACAAGUGCAAGAUCUGGGACGUCCACGGCUCCAAGAAGUGCAUGAUGACCUACGCCGGACACGAAAAGGGCGUCCGGCAGGCGCGGUUCAACGCGGACGGCUCGAGGUUCGUGUCGGUGUCGUACGACAAGACGGUCAAGGUGUGGGACACGGAGACGGGCAAGGUGCUGCGGGCCUUCGGUGGCGCGCGCACCUUCUUCUGCGCGCAGUUCCACCCGGAGCGGCCGGACGUGCUGAUGGCGGGGUGCGGCGACAAGAAGGUGUACCAGUGGUCGGUCGGGAGCGGCGAGCAGAUCCAGGAGUACGACCAGCACCUCGGGGCGGUCAACUCGAUCACGUUCAUCGACAACAACCGGCGGUUCGUGACGUCGUCGGACGACAAGACGCUCCGGUUCUGGGACUUCGACAUCCCCGUGACGAUCAAGUACAUCGCGGACCCCGGCAUGCACUCGAUGCCCGCGAUGGCCGUGCACCCGCGCGGGAAGUGGUUCCUCGCGCAGAGUAUGGACAAUCAGAUCAUGACGUUCGGGGCGACGGACCGGUUCUCGCGCAACAAGAAGAAGACGUUCACGGGACACACGAACGCGGGGUACGCGUGCCAGCUGGGGUUCUCCCCCGACGGGCGCUUCGUGUACAGCGGCGACGGCGAGGGCCGGGCGUUCUUCUGGGACUGGAAGCUGUGCAAGGUGCAGCGCACGCUGCAGGCCCACGAGAACGGGCCGUGCAUCGGCGUCCAGUGGAACCCGCUAGAGACGUCCAAGGUCGCCACGUGCGGCUGGGACGGACUGAUCAAGUACUGGGACUGA